AUGGAUGAGGAUACGGAGAUGGAUACAAAUACAACGACAGACACAGAAGCUCCUGGGGGUGGGGCGGAACACGGGGAGCCCCCGCAUUCCUUCCUGGGAGACGCCAAAGAGUCCUUAGCAGCCAACAGCCAGAAGGGACCAUGGCGCGGCCACCACGGCAGCUCCCACCGCGUGGGCCCUGGGGCCCCCCGGCGCCCCAGCGUUUUCAGGCUUUUGUGCUCCCCGAAACCUUCUACCCUCGAGGUAGGGACCGGCCCCAAGCCCCGCAGCCCAGGGACGCUCUCGGGGGCAAGAGCGGAGCUCACCGCCGGCCAUCGCUCCUCUCUCUCUCUCUUAGGCUCAGCCAACCUGGGCCAUCUGCCCGGGCAGGAGCAGCCCUUCCCCGCAGCCUGGGCACCCCUGCCAGGGGGGGCACCCCAGGCCCCCCAGGCACCACCAGCAGGUCUGCAGAGGGCUCCGUGCGGCUGCCUCUUCGACCCCCGGGUCUACCACAUCCAGUGGACGGUCACCAACCUGCCUCCACCGGCCAGCGCCACGCUCGGCCAAGGCGCCGCUUCUCUGCCGGGGGCUGCCCUGUGGGGGCCCUGGGGCUGCGGGGCCCCCCUGGCCUGGGCAGCCCCGGGGACCCCCCAGGGCCAGCCGCAAUACCUUGCCCCCUACGAAUAUCAGGCAAGAGCGGUGGCCCCAGCCCCUACGGGGCUGCCGAUGUCCAUCCCCGCCUACCAGCACAUCGAGGGGCAGUUGCUGAAGAUCGACACCCCCGGCAUGGCCACCCCUGCAGGGGCACCCCCGGGCAGCGGCGUCCCCCCGGGCAGCAACAUCCCCCCCGGCCCCUCCGCUGCCCCCCACAGCCAAGCCCUGGGGGACACUGCAGGCGACCUCGAAGUGUCUGAGGAGAUGCUUCUGCAGGAGGCCCUCAGACUCUUCGGGUGCUCCCUGGACGCGCUGGGGGACAGCCAGGGUGGCCCCAGCAGCAGCCCCGUGCCCGGCCACCCCGGUGGCACCAGCGGAGAGGGGACAGGGGUGGCCCCAGCCUGCCCAGUGCUGCCGACAUCCAUCCCCGGCUACCAGCACGUCGAGGGGCAGUGGGAGAUCAACACCUCUGGCACGGCCACCCCUGCGGGGGCACCCCUGGGCAGCGACGUCCCCCCGGGCAGCGACGUCCCCCCCAGCCCCUCCGCUGCCCCCCACACCCAAGCCCUGGGGGACACUGCAGGUGACCUUGCUGUGUCCGAGGAGAUGCUACUUGAGGAGGCCCUCAGACUCUUUGGGUGCUCCCUGGACACGGUGGGGGCCAGCCAGGGUGGUCCCAGCAGCAGCCCCGUGCCUGGCGACCCUGGGGACACCAGUGGAGAGGGGUGGCCCCAGCCCCCUACAGCGCUGCCGACAUCCAUCCCCGGCUACGAGGACAUCGAGGGGCAGUCGGAGAAGAUCAACACCUCCGGCACGGCCACCCCUGCAGGGGCACCCCUGGGCAGCGACAUCCCACCGGGCAGCGAUGUCCCCUCGGGUGACCUUGCAGUGCCUGACGCGGUGCUUCUUGAGGAGGCCCUCAGGCUCCUUGGGUGCUCCCUGGACACGGGGGGGGGCAGCCAGGAUGGUGCCAGCAGCAGCCCCGUGGUGCCUGGGGACACCGGUGGCACCGGCGCAGCCACCCCCGACUGGGACUUCAGCCCCUCGUCGCUGCCGGAGGAGUUGCUCACCCUUGACUCCUGCAUCCCCGAGCUCAGCGACACCACGCUGAGCCUGGAAAUAUUCCAGAGCGUCGGGAUGGAGCCCCAGGAGCCACGGCAGGAUGCGGGGAUGGACCUGCCACCAUCCCCGUCUGCCGUGGCGGGCGCGACGAGGAAGAGGCAGGCGCAGAGCUCCUCGCCAAUGCCACCCAGCAAGCGCAGGGCUCUCGCAGACAACGAGGGGGUGUGA